ACAUGGAAGUGCAAUUAUUUUAGUAAAUAUAAACUGCUAAAUACCUUUUCUCAUCAGCAGUUAGAGCAGUGUUGUGACUUCUAUCAGUGUUCAGCAGAGCACUGGUUAAAGGAUGCAGAACCCAUGACCUCUGUCUGGACAGAUGUGAUUGGCCCUGUGCUGAUCACAUGCACUCUCCCAAGAUUAAAAUAAAACGCUCUAACAAUACACACUAAACUGAGCAUGUGCAGAAUGGCUAUGGUUCAGUUUGUUUUGUCAGGAGAUAAGCUGUGGACAUUUGCACAAGAGGAGGAGCUGAGAAGACAGGAUCAAACGGCCUUUUUACACAAUGAAGCGGAUUAACUCCUUAG